AUGGGGUCUCGAAUACUUCUCGACGAGCCAAUAACAGUUUCUGACCAUAUGGCUGCUGUCCAGGCAAUUGGUAUCUCCAUAUACGGAUAUUCUGCCACUUCCAACCUCCAAAAGUCCGAGAAUUGGGGAAUCUGCCUAACUUCGCCGGCCCUAGAUCUAUUUUCCAAGCCUCCCGUCCAAAAUUUUUCCCAUAUUCUCUCCAUCUCUACCCUCGGCCAAUCAACAUCACCGGCGGCUGAAGAAUUUUCCGGUGAGGCGAGAACACACGAGCAUAUGGCCGAUAGCCACCAGAUGCGGCUAACAAAAGCUGGCCAUUCACGGCUGAGUGCUGGCCUUAGCCGCGGCCAAGCAGAUCCGAGCCACAUGCGACCGAAGAGCUUCAGUUUCCGGUGA